UUUGAACCUGUUAUAAAUUACUCUCUUUUAUGUUAAAGGCAUUUAAAAGGAUUACACACGCAGCAACAAGGCAAUGCUAGUAAAAUACGUUCAAAUGAUUUGUGUGAAUGUUUUCCAAAACACUGUUUAAAGAUUUUGAGUUUUAUGAUUCUUCAGUAUAAGUACUGAGUAAUCACAAACUCGCAAAGUAUAAAUACGAUCUGUAAGUGCAGGAGAAAAAAAGAAACAAGACCUCCUUUUUCGGUGUAAGUUUUGAUCAAGCAAUCUAUGAACUUCGUAGUCGUGACCCUUGAUUGACAUAAUUCAAAAGUUGCACAUACAUCAUUGGUCACAUGAACAUCUCAACAGUUUUUCAUUGUAAAAAUAUACAUUAGUUUUCAUAUAUCGUAUUUAUAACAUUUGAUAUAAUUUAAUUUUUUAUUGUGUUUUUUUGUUCUUGUGAAAUGACGCUGAGGGCGGUGUCAUUGAGAUCGUUUAAGCUAGAUAAAGUAGAACUGACAAGAUCAUUACUCUCCCUCCGUUCUGAGGAUGGGAAACCAGGGAAACCAUUAGACUUCGAUGAAUUUAUAGGAACAUCAUGCAAACACUUCGACUGCCCGAUUUCUGUAACUGUCGGAAAAGAAAUCAAUCGAGAUGCCGUAUCUAAAAGUGGAAAGAAAUAUGAAUCAAAAUCAAAAUUCAAACGCAAGAGUAUCAUCCCUCAGUUGACAGAUAUAGUAACUUCCGAUGAUGAUACCAGGACAGAGAAGUCGCUAGUACUCGAUGAUCACACUUUACUUGUCAUGACGUAUUACGAUCAUUUGAAUCGACUGACAGAAAUACAUAUGAACAAAUAUCAGUACCAUGCUAUUCCGUGGGUUCUCAUGCGACUCAUAGCGUUGAUAGCUCCCUUCAAUAAAAAUCUGCAAAAGUUUGUAAUAAAGGGUUGUAAGGUUGAUAUGUACACCAUUCAUGAAUUGAGUAAGUUGCUUCCCCUUACUAAUAUAACCGAAGUUUGUCUCGAUCAAUCACCUCUUCGAGAAGGCAACUACGACGUUCUUCUAUGCGACACAUCUUCUAUACGAAGUCUAUCGCUAGCUAGGUGCAAUAUAAAUGAUAUUGUGUGUGAACGUAUUGCCGCAAGACUGAAAUACUUAGAGCCUGCUGAAAAUACACUGGUUACUCUAAAUCUGUCUACCAACUACAUAACGGACGUCGGAGCUGAACAUUUAGGAGCUGCCCUCAGAACUAAUAGACAUUUGCGGUAUUUGAACGUAGCGGGCAAUCAAAUAACUGACGUCGGUGCAAACUUCAUCUUUGAAGUACUUAAACAAUUUCCUUUGACCUCAGAAGAAAUAAUAGCCAAGCGUAAGCGACUUGCGGAUUAUUUGAAUAAAAAACAAGAACUUAUCCACAGAGGUCUUUGUGAAUUCAAACUGGAAGAUCAUACUUCAAAAAAGUCAUCGAAAAGAUCAGCGCCUUCGAGGGGUCACAGUGCUAGAAAAGAAAAAGUGAGAGAGAGUUUGUCAGACGAAGGGAUGAAGGCGAAGGUGGAAAUAAUGGUUGCAGAUAUGAUGGGGCCCUUCGAAGACCCUUUUGGCGUUGAAACAACUAAGGUGUUGAAUGGGCAUUGCUUCAGUGUAGGUAACUUAGUGCUUUGCUAUUUAAACUUGGCUUACAACAACUUAACUUUCGCAAGCAUUCAGCAGCUGAUCUCUUUGUUAUCAUACCAGCAGAGAACAAAAACAGCUCGUCUGUGUGGGCUUCUAAAUAUCAUUGUGGAAGGUAAUUAUUUGCCUGAGGAAUGUAAGGAAUUGAAGGAUCUGAGUAUCUUGCUCAAAAAUAUCCAGUGUUUUGGUGGUCGAUCUUUGACAGACAAGAUGUCAAACAAGAAGAAAUCAACUGUUAUUAUAUCCAACCAAGAGAAAGCACUCAGUGAAUAAGAGAAUGAGAGGGGAAAUGAGAUCGUGAUGAGCCUGGUGCCUAUUAUGACAUUGAGCUUUUUUUAAGUGACUUUUCACUGAGAUCAUUUGGUACGCGACUUCUAAGCCCUUGAAGUU